AUGAACGACGUGGCCAUCGUGAAGGAGGGCUGGCUCCACAAGCGAGGUGAGUACAUCAAGACCUGGAGGCCGCGCUACUUCCUCCUGAAGAAUGACGGCACCUUCAUCGGCUACAAGGAGCGGCCGCAGGACCUGGAGCAGCGCGAGUCGCCCCUCAACAACUUCUCCGUGGCCCAAUGCCAGCUGAUGAAGACGGAGCGGCCGCGGCCCAACACCUUCAUUAUCCGCUGCCUGCAGUGGACCACAGUCAUCGAGCGCACGUUCCAUGUGGAGACACCCGAGGAGCGGGAGGAGUGGACCACCGCCAUCCAGACGGUGGCCGACGGGCUCAAGAGGCAGGAGGAGGAGACAAUGGACUUCCGGUCGGGCUCACCUGGAGAGAGCUCAGGGGCCGAAGAGAUGGAGGUGUCGCUGGCCAAGCCCAAGCACCGCGUGACCAUGAAUGAGUUUGAGUACCUGAAGCUGCUGGGCAAAGGUACCUUCGGGAAGGUGAUCUUGGUGAAGGAGAAGGCCACCGGCCGCUACUAUGCCAUGAAGAUCCUGAAGAAGGAGGUCAUUGUGGCCAAGGACGAGGUGGCCCACACGCUCACGGAGAACCGCGUUCUCCAGAACUCCCGGCACCCGUUCCUGACGGCCCUGAAGUACUCCUUCCAGACCCACGACCGCCUGUGCUUCGUCAUGGAGUACGCCAACGGGGGCGAGCUCUUCUUCCACCUGUCCCGGGAGCGGGUGUUUCCCGAGGACCGGGCCCGCUUCUACGGCGCGGAGAUCGUGUCGGCCCUGGAUUACCUGCACUCGGAGAAGAACGUGGUGUACAGAGACCUCAAGCUGGAGAACCUCAUGCUGGACAAGGACGGGCACAUCAAGAUCACCGACUUUGGACUGUGCAAGGAGGGCAUCAAGGACGGCGCCACCAUGAAGACGUUCUGCGGGACCCCCGAGUACCUGGCCCCUGAGGUGCUGGAGGACAACGACUACGGCCGGGCGGUGGACUGGUGGGGGCUGGGCGUGGUCAUGUACGAGAUGAUGUGCGGCCGCCUGCCCUUCUACAACCAGGACCACGAGAAGCUCUUCGAGCUCAUCCUCAUGGAGGAGAUCCGCUUCCCGCGCACGCUCAGCCCGGAGGCCAAGUCCCUGCUCUCGGGGCUUCUCAAGAAGGACCCCAAGCAGCGGCUUGGUGGGGGCUCUGAGGACGCCAAGGAGAUCAUGCAGCACCGAUUCUUUGCCAGCAUCGUGUGGCAGGAUGUGUACGAGAAGAAGCUCAGCCCGCCCUUCAAGCCUCAGGUCACGUCUGAGACGGAUACCAGGUAUUUUGACGAGGAGUUCACAGCCCAGAUGAUCACCAUCACGCCACCCGACCAAGACGACAGCAUGGAGGGGCUGGACAGCGAGCGGAGGCCCCACUUCCCCCAGUUCUCCUACUCAGCCAGCGGCACGGCCUGA